ACUCUAUCCUCAUCCACGGGCAAGUAAAUGUCCAGACUCAACUCACGAGCAGCCAUCGCCAACAACAGCUCACCCCGAGGUUCAGGAUGAGGUUGUAUGGAGCUCUGUCCAUACUGACAUCCUUCCUCGCAAUUACGAAUGCAAUCUUCGCCGAUGAUGCCUUUCACAUCGAUUAUUCCUACGAACUUUUAGGCGAACCUCAACCCCAUAAUACCAUCUUCCAUAAACCGCACACCUCCACGAACGCUUCUCUCCUCUACACAAUAUCCGACAAGGCAGUUUUAGGCGCUGUCAAUCCGAAAGAUGGUUCAUUAUUGUGGCGUCAAGCACUGGCUGGCCAGCCAAUCGACAAUUCCUCAAGUUCAUAUUUGGUUGCAUCGGAAAGAGACGGCCAGAUAAUAAGUGGUCACGAUAGGACCGUUGCAUGCUGGAAUGCUCUGGACGGCAGACUGGUUUGGCAAUAUACUGUUCCAGAUGGAACAAGGAUCCAAGGAGUGCAGGCUGUCCCAGCCACGGACUCGGGUUCAACUGGUGCUUCUGAAGAUGUUGUGGUUUUGACUGUGCCAACUCAUUCUGCAGCGCAUGCGACGGUCUUCCGUCUUGCUGGUGACGGGAGCGGGCCUACAUGGCAACAUGUUGACUUAAGCCACACCGAAGGGUCGUCUACUUCGAUCGCAACAUCCUCAAAGCAUACAUAUUAUGUUUCAAAAAGUCAUGGUCUACUAGCUGGCAGUAAGGCCAAAGUCGUUACCUUGGACAAUGCUUCUGGUCAUGAGGUCGAACAGACCAGCAUCGCCGUGGACUCGGAGGCUCUGGGAAUGGGGGGACAUUACGCAGCAGCAUCAUGCUCGAGCUUCCCCUUCCUGCUGUCAGCAGAGAAGUCGUUCAAGUCCAUCAAAUUCAAUCUUCUCGGAAGCUCAAAGGUUGUCACAUUAGCCUUAGAGGAUAAAGGCGAGGAGAUCGACCGAGUGAGCGUGCAUCACCCGUGCCACCCUGCUGCGGCAACUCACUUCCUCCUUCACGUGCAAGGCAAGACGCGACAAUGGGCGGAAGUCUACCACGUGGACGUCAAAUCUGGCGAGGCGAAGAAAGCCUACACAUUGCCAGCAACUGCAGAGAAGAGUGCAUUUGCCGCAACCAGCACAAAUGCAGCUGUGUAUUUUGUCCGGAUCACAGACACUGAGGUUCUUCUCUAUUCCUCCGAGUCUCAUGGGCAACUUGGCCGUUGGAAUAGAUCAGGGUUUCAAGUAUCGGCCGGAAGCGGGCCUCUGUAUGCUACUGCUGAAGUUGUGAGCCGGGGAAAAGCCAGUUUCGCCGUACGGGUCGCCGAGAUCUCGAGCAACGGGAUCUGGUCUCUGGUUCGCAAUGGAGAGCUGCAGUGGGCGAGACCGGAGAUGCUUGCUUACGCAAAUAUCGCUGCGUGGGUUGAGGACGCAGGACCAGAUCCAUUGGCAGAAGAACUCGAUCUUGAACUAUCUGUCAAUCCUUUGACAGCAUAUUUGCAUCGGCUGAAGCGACAUCUACUUGAUCUCCAAGCCCUGCCCAGUUCUCUCGCAUCUCUUCCAGCAGCAAUCAUUAAACCAUCUUCGGACGCUGAAGCAAUAGCACGGAAAAACCUUGUCGGCUCAAAAGUUGUUGUUGUCGGCACAUCCCGGAAGGAAUUGAUUGCUCUUGAUGUAUCGAAUGGUGGCCUUCUUAGAUGGCAAGAGGAUCUCUCUUCACACAUUGCUGAUGGCGUCGAGAUGAAAUCGAUCACAGUGACUGAUGGGAGAGUGUCAACAUAUUUGUCCGACGGAUCUCUUGUAGUCUUGAAUGCCACGCGAGGCAGCUUGAUCGAGCAUCAACCAGGGACUAUCCCCAUUGCCGACUUGGUGCGAAUCCCGGGCAGCCCGGCAGCUGCAACGAUCAAGGUUGACUCCAGUGGCAAUCCACGUCCCGCCACGGACUUUUCUCCGAGCCACCCGUCCGAGGGCAACGUCGUGGUGACUGUCAACGAGGACGGAAAGGCAAUCGGUUGGACUGUUGGACAGACAGUCGAGAAGACUUGGGUCCUACAGCCUCAGAAUGGGUUGAAGGUGACCAAAGCCGUGGCCCGAGCAGAACACGAUCCAGUUGCUUCUAUCGGAAGAGUACUUGGAGACAGAUCUGUACUCUACAAGUACUUGUCGCCCAAUGUGGCGCUUCUGAUUGCACAGUCCGACACCACUUUGAUGGUGUAUCUGAUCAAUGCUGUCACUGGCGCCGUUCUCCACACUUCGAUUCAUCAAGGGGUCCUAUCUGGAUCGGAAAUACCUGCUGUUUUAUCUGAAAACUGGUAUGCAUACUCAUUCACAAGUCAAGAUCCUGCAACUUCGGCCUUGUCAACGCAGAUUAUCAUUUCCGAGCUUUAUGAAUCGUCAAUCGCGAAUGAUCGUGGUGCAUUGGCAGCUCGGUCGAACUUUUCGACCUUUUCACACGACGCUGGGGUGCAACCUCACGUCAUCUCUCAAGCAUUCACCGUCGCCGAACCUAUCUCCCACCUGGCGGUGUCGCAAACGAUACAAGGCAUCACCAGCAGACAGCUGCUUGCAACAUUGCCGAACUCGAAUGCAAUCAUUGGCAUUCCUCGCGAAGUCCUGGAUGCUCGAAGACCGGUUGAUCGUGAUGCGACAAGCACGGAGCGGGAAGAAGGGCUCAUGCGAUAUUCUCCAGUCCUCGAGCUGGACCCAAAGUGGUUCUUGACCCAUUCAAGGGAAGUGAUGGGUAUUAAGAAGGUGAUGGCUUCACCAAGCUUACUGGAAAGCACCAGUGUGGUAUUUGCAUACGGACAUGAUGUGUUUGGAACUCAGAUUACGCCCAGUAUGGCGUUUGAUGUGCUUGGGAAGGGUUUCAAUAAGCUGCAACUUGUGCUUACCGUGGUUGCCCUUGCUGUGGGUGUGAUGGCGAUCAGACCUUUGGUGAGGAAGAAGACGGUGGAGGGCAGAUGGAAGCAGUGACUGAGAUCCCAUUGAAUGUACAUUGGUAUUGAUGAUGUCUCGAUGUUCUUGAUGUUCUUGAUGUUCUUGACGAGGCUGUCGCUUUCAGGGUUCAUGUCUCGGGCUAGCCAACCAAAGAGUAGAAGCAUCUAGAAACCUCCAAAAAGAGUGGGCCACCCGACAAUGAC